AUGAAAAACCAAACCAUAUUUUAUGAGUUUGUUCUCAGUUCAGUGUCUGAUCUUCCAAGUCUUCAACUUCCUAUUUUCCUGCUGUUUUUCUUGAUCUACAUGUUGACUCUGAUUGGGAACCUUCUCAUUUUCCUCUUGAUUGUCAAUGAUUCCCAUCUCCACACCCCCAUGUACUUCUUCCUUGGAACCCUGGCAUGUCUGGAUAUGAGUUUCUCCUCAGUCACUGUCCCAAGAGUUCUCUUUGAUUUUCUUACAAAAAAUAGAAUACUUUCAGUGCAAGCUUGUAUAACUCAGAUUUACUUCUUUGUCUGGUUUGCUGCAUCAGAGAUAUCUGUGCUGGCAGUGAUGUCCUAUGACAGAUACAUUGCUAUAUGCCUCCCUCUUCACUACAUGAAGAUAAUGAGCUGGAAACGGUGCGCUCAUCUUGUAUCAGGCACUUUGAUUUUUGGUGCAGUAUAUUCCUUAGUGCACACUCUUCUUUUAACUAAACUGAAUUUUUGCAGAUCAAAUAUUUUGCACAGUUUCCUUUGUGACCUGCCCCAGUUGCUUCAGAUCUCCUGUAGUGACACAUUCAUCAAUUUAUUGAUUAUUUUUCUGCUUGGGAUAUUAUUUGGAAUAGUUAUAUUAGGUGUCACCUUUUACCCAUACAUCACGAUAAUCACCACAGUUCUCAAAAUCCCUUCAAUCCAAAUGAGAUCCAAAGCAUUCUCCACCUGCUCCUCUCAUCUAACUGUGGUCUUUAUGUUUUAUGCUACUAUUUCCUUUAACUAUUUUUGUUCAACUGCAACAGAUCAUUUCACUAAGGACAGUGGAGCCGCUAUAUAUUAUGCAGUGUUGACCCCUUUUUUAAAUCCACUGAUCUACAGUCUAAGGAACCAGGAACUCAAAGCAUCAUUAAGAAGAGCUUUAAAAAAAGUCAUACUUAUAGCCUAUGAUUAA